CUGGAAACGACCCAUUCAGUAGCUCAACAAAUGACAUAUUGUCAAUGUCAACAUCUACAUCGAGCAUUCGCAUUUUUAUGUAACAACAAGUGAUUUAUACAGUGAUCCAUCAUUUCUUGAAACUUGCAUGUCCAUGAAGCUAAAAUUAGGGAAAUAACGGGCCUCACCACCUAGAUAUUAACCAGCUUCAGCCUGUGGCACUUCAAAUGUCAGCAGGUAUCUUUAGACAGAAGUCUAUGGGUAUAUACAAUACGAUACGAUACAAUACAAUACAAUACAAUACAAUACAAUCCUAGACAAUAUGUCUGAAUCGAAGAUCAACCCGGAAAAAGUUGUGUUUGGUGCUGGGGCAAAGACAGCUGAAGAGGUUAACACCUUGAUUAACAAAUCAGCACAGGAAGGCAUCACCCAAGCAGAAGUCGAUGACAUUUAUAAGCAAUGGGCUAAAACGUAUGAUCAGGAUACUCUACUUAACAGCUAUAGCAGCACUAAACCAUUGGCUGCUGCAAGGGUGUUGGCAGAAUACAUUGAAGACAAGAGUGCACCAGUCCUUGAUCUUGCUGCUGGAACUGGUAUUGUUGGAGUAGAGCUGAAGGAACUGGGCUUCACUAACAUAGACGCCUUGGAUGCAAGUCAAGCGAUGCUCGACCAGGCCACAGAGAAAAAUGUUUAUAAGAGGCUUAUAUGUGACUAUAUGGGACCAAACACAUUAGACAUCAAAGACAAUACCUACAGUGGCGCUGUGGCGACUGGUUGCUUUGGAGAGGGGCAUGCUAAACAAGACUGUUUCUUGGAAAUCAUAAGAGUCAUUAAGCCAGGUGGCACAUUGGUUUUCCAAAUAACAAACGCUAAAGUCUCUAGCACAUGUUUGAUUGGAUUUGACGAUACACUAAAUACUCACGAGGACAACAAUUUAUGGACUUUGAUUAAGAAAGAACUAGUUUCUUCUUCAGUUGGUACCGGGGAUUAUUUAAGAUUUGUGUAUAGGAUUAAGUAAUUUGCGCAUGAUGAUACGCAGGACUGAAAAGUACAUUAUAUAAAAAUGAUAGAAAGUGACAGAAAAUGAUGUACAUGAUAUGAUAUACCCGCAUCUCUCUUCUUUCCUAUCCCAUUCUUGAUAAUUUCUUUCUUCACUUUUAGUUGUAAUUGCAAUUAUUAGAUUCAGCAAAAAAAAUAAAAAAGUAAAAGUAUUGGUAUAUGUAAAGUACAUAUAUUGAAUAGGCCGUGUUUUUAUAAUUGAUAAUGUUGUAAAUGCUCUAUCCAGGAGCUAGGAUAUCGAGCUUAUGUAUGUUUAGGGUAAAAUUAUAUAUAAAAAAUUAAUGCUACAUAUUCAAUCUUCAUUUACAUGUUAAGAAGAAGAAAGAUUUUACAUUAUCAGCUGCACACCAUUCAGCCAUGUAAAAGCUGUUUAUUACACAAUCAUUGGGAUAAAGUCGUCAUGUUUAUGGUUUUAUCGCGAUCAUGGGGCGUUCCGAUCAUGGGGCGUUCCAUCGCGAUUCCAGGAAAAUCACUUAUUGGAUUUUCUUCAAA